CUCAUUUCUAAGCUCUGAUGUUCGGGCACUCCUAGAAAGACAAAUCAAAAAGAAAGGGGAUUUCCUAAUGUGGAAGGUAAAGAAAAAGAAAACAGGAUCUGAUCCAAAACAGCUUAAGCAAGACUAUCAACUAAAUUUUUCAGGGAAAAUGUCAGAGUCUGUUGCUGAUAAGCAUGACGUGGCAGUCUCCCUUCCUUUUUGGAGCAGCAAAUGCAAACCAGAGGAGCUGCAUGUGUAUCAGAAGACCCCACAUCCUAAGGACUUUGAGGACCAUUUACAGCAAAAAUGUACCCAGCUCUUUUGGGGUCUCCCAACUUUGCACACUCCCAACCCUCCAUUGGCCAGCCAGUCAUCUAAGGCCCAUGUCCCAGUCUCCAUCCUUCUUGGAGAUUCUCCCCUCAACAGUGAGUUUCGGAAAAAACUAGAGCACCACCUUCGGAAGAGGCUCAUCCAACACCGAUGGGGCCUGCCCCAAAGAGUCAGUGAUUCUCUGAAAAUGAUGGCUCCUCAGACAGAAACUCUUGAGACACCUGAGUCAAAAAGCAGUUAUGGACUCUCAUGGAUCCCUUUCUAUAAGAAUCACAGCAAAGAGCCAAACAAUUUUGGAGUGAAUAAACCUGGAAGCUUUCGCAGAAAGAGCUCAGAAAUUCUUCUGCUAGGGAAGUCUAUGGGAAAGGAUCAGGAACAGAGCACAGAGGAUGGCCCAAAUGACUAUUCAUUGAGUGACUCAGAAAGGUUGUCAGGUCGUAACCUGGUGUCAGACUCUGAGAAGGACCUAGAAAGUUGCACAGUGAGUCUAUCACAGAAUAAUUCAAGGGCUUCAGGGAUGAAAUUAAAGCACUCUGUAAAAGAGAAAGUUCCUCUUUCUGAGAAAUCCCACAGACAAAUGAACUACAUAGAUUUGGCACCAUUGGUGAAGGGAGACUACUGCCUGAAUACCUCUAAAGAAAUUUCCUUCAUUUCUCCCAGCAAACAAAAGAUAUUGGAAGCCCAUCUUAAAAGUUUUCAUAAGAGGAUAAUGACAGGCCUUCCACCCAGGGUUGUUCAAUCCAUGCAAAUUUUUAAUAAGAGAGAGGACUCUUCCCAGACUUUUUGUCACUCAAAUAUUUUCUCUUCCGAUAUUUCUGGGGUGGAUUCCAAAUAUAGAGUCUCCAAACCCCUUCAAGGAAAUAGUAACAGUUUUCACAGAGACAACAUAGAAACAAAUGCAGCUCCUGUCCUAUACCAUCCUCUCACUGCCAUCUUAACUGUGGAAAAGGAAGGACAGGAGGCCUUAAGACAACCACCCUCUGAUAUCCACCAUGGGCUUACACAGGAUAUUGAGAGACUUUAUGAUUGUAGAUGGCUGCCUCUGCCUCACACACACAGUAUCACAGACAAUGCAAGUCAGAAACUGACUGUCCUAGCUAAUAGAUGCAGCUCAGAGAUGCUCACUGGGCAAGCUGGGACUGACCCUGAGCCAAGGGAUAAGAGAGAGAGUUCUACCAAUAAAGUAGAGAGACCUCAGGACAAAAGGUCAACAAAUUUAAAACAUUUUUACAUGUCUAAUAUAUCUAGGGAGACAGUCAAAGCAAAGAAGCUCUGUGCCCUUGACUCACAACCUAGUAUCACCUUGGCAACCAGUGAACCCAAAAUCUUCCCAGUGAAGACUGUGAACAUGAAUAAGGUAGAAACUACCUUGAACACUGAAAGUCCCUCUCUAAUAUCAGUUCUCCAAGAUCCUAGGUCACCAGUCCUUAAAAAUCAUCAAUUGGUGGGGUUAAAGGUUAAACUGGAAAACAAGGAGCAUAACCAGACUCUAUCCAUGCCCCAGAAGGAGGCAUGUGCCAUGGAAGCUUCACCUGCAGGUGUUAUGUAGCAGGUGCCUCCAGCCUCCCCUCCACUUACUGAAGGCAUUGUGCUGAUAGAUUUUUCUCUACUAUUUAUUUGGAUGAUGCUUUAGCAUUUCUAGGGAGGAAAAUUCCUC